AUGACCUCGCAAAAGCCCACCCUCAGCGCUGAGCUCACGCUGACGAAGCUCAUUGAAGCUCUGGAGCUCCUCGGCGUGACUGUUGUUUCCCCCACAGAGCAGAUGAACCGUGAGGGGGUUCAGUCCGCCGCCAUCGCCUCCACCCCUGUUGGUCCUCCUGCCAGCGCCGGCACGCCUGCUGCUCCCAGCGCUCCUGGUGUGGAUGUCGCUUGCAUGAUUGCCCAACUCCAGGCCCUCGGCAUCAACAUUGUCUCACCAAGCGGAGCCCCCGUCUCCAGCAGCAACACAUACACUGCCCCCACCCCUACCGCUGCCACUGGGGCUGGCACUGGUAUCCCAAUGUUUAGCAGGAAUAUAAGGUCUCCUUGGGCCAAUACCGCUCCUGCUGGCGCUGCAGCGGCUGGAGUCUCAGUUGCCACCGUGGUGCCUAUGGUGGCUGUGCCUGCCAUUGGUGACAUGGUGGGCAAAGGAAAGGCGCCCGAGGCUGCUCCUGCGACUGGUUCGAGUGGGUGCACUCCUGUCAAGCCUGGUGACGAGGCCGCAGCAAACGGCUUUGUAUGCACACAUUGUAACACUUAUAAUAUGCUCAAGUCUGCGACCCACAACUGGUAUGCAAUCACUGCCGGCAGGGAGGUCGGAGUUUAUCAAGGGUGGCAUCGUGUUCAACCCCUCAUCAGCGGUGUCCCCCACACGUCGUACCGCAAGUAUGCCUCCCAGGCUGCUGCAACCGAGGCAUUCAAUGAGGCCAUGGAAGCUGGCUUAGUCAUUGUUAUCAACUGA